AUGGCCAUUCGGGAGCUCGAGGUCGAGUGUAUUUACCGCAAUGGGCAACAUUCCGUGAAAUUUGUCCAAGACUUGGAAAAUAGUCUAGUUCUGGUAGAAGGCUUUUUGCCUCUACUGGCAAUUCAAUGCGAUGAGGACCAGUCACAAAGUGGUUGGCGGAGCAGAUUGCUUCAAAAGCUAGGUAUCUCAAAUAAUUCGGACUCACAAGGGUCGGAAUGGAUUUCCCGAGACAAGGCGCGCGAACUUAUCGAACUGCUAAAAAUACAGGAUGCUUUCCAAGGCGUUUUUGACAUUGAUGAAGGGUCACAACCGAACGACACGGAUCAGGACGAGGAUGCGAUCGAGAAUGAGAAAGCUGAGAGAAACUCGAACGGUGCUGAUGUGAAUAAUGGUGGGACCAAUGGCGAUAACAAUGGCUCGGAUAGUAAACAUUCCCAAGACCACGACUAUGGUGAGACACCUGCGUUCUCGAAAAGAGCGGCAGUGGCAGACCACCAACUAGGUUCGCCUCUCAAGAAACUCAAACCUGCUGAAACUUUUAUGCCGUUGCAUUCAAUGAACCAGGAGUUUCAACUGAAUCUGCCCCUUUCGAUUCAGCCCGCCAAAAAGCCCGUCACAAAUUUCGCACCCGAGGACCGCGUUAGACUAGAGCAAUUGUUACAGCACAUAUUGUUUCCUGAUAACCAAUCUGUCCGUUUCGAGACUGCUGUUGCAAACUUGGGAUUACCAUAUCCUCACACUCAUUUGAAUCUGGAUAUUCCUAUCGACGAGCAUGGUAACACGACUUUGCAUUGGCUUUGCUCUGUCGCAAAUGUCAAACUAACUAACGAUCUGAUAAAAAACGGCGCCGACCGAUUUCUUGGAGACAAAACAGGCGAAUCUGCUCUCGUCAAGGCUGUUAAAUCGGUCAACAAUUACGACUCCGGUACUUUUGAAGAGCUAUUAGAUUCCCUAUACCCGUGUCUCAUAUUGGUCGACGAUAUGGCCCGAACUGUACUACAUCAUAUCGUUAUAACAUCUGGGAUGCCUGGCUGCUCGGCUGCCGCCAAAUACUAUUUGGACUUACUCAUGGGAUGGAUUGUCAAGAAGCAAACUAGGGAAAUCUCAAAUGGUGAGGAUCCUAUGAUGUCUGCGCUAGAUCUUAAAUGGUUCAUAAACCAUGUGCUCAACGCGAGAGAUGUUAAUGGUGACACAUGUUUGAAUAUAGCUUCAAGACUUGGCAACGUCUCAAUUGUGGAAGCCCUAUUGGACUACGGUGCCGACCCUAGGAUAUCUAAUAAUUCCGGCCUGAGGCCGGUAGACUUUGGCGCUGGCGCCACGAAAUUAGAGGGUAUGCAUGCUAACAAUGCUAGUGUUGAUGAAUCUAUCACAAUGUCAGGUCCGGACCCCUCCAUGCUCAUAAACAAUAUUCAAUCGCUGGUAAACACAAUCUCACAGGACUAUGAGAUGGAAAUCAAGCAGCACAGGGAACAGCUGUCGAAGCUUCAUACUGACUUGGACGCCCAGCGUCAACUUCUCGCCACCUCAAGAGAAAGACUCACACAGGCCCGUCAACUUCGUGAAGAACACACACAAUUAACCGAACAGAUUUCAAAUAUACAACAAGCGAUUGUUCAAGAAGAUGCAGAUUUUCGAAAGGUAAGUGGAGAGCUUGGGAUUGAUGACGAAUCUCUGGAAAUGGCGGAGUUCGACGCCGAUGAGCCAUUCCGCAUUGAUUUCAUUUAUGAUUUCCUAGAAAAAAAGCUUCAAAAUGAAUAUUCGGGAGACUUUGAGCAGUUUACGGAAAAUGUCACUGUGGAUGACCUUUUGAAGAGCUUAAUGCAGGAGAACUCGGGCCAAGAAGAAAGCAUACCUCCGGAAGCGCUUUUACGUGCUCGCAUAGCCGCUUACGAAAAAAAUGAGCAUAACCUCAAUGACUCAUUAAGUUCAUUACGCGAGAAGCAAGCUCGCUUAGAGGAAAGGUUCAGACGUAUUCUUUCGCUAUGUCUCAAGGUUGAAGGAGACAAGAUUGAUGGUAUGCUUGACGGCUUACUUCAGGCAAUAUCUUCCGAAGAUCCAGAAGAUAUUGAUACAAACGAAAUGCAGACGUUCCUAAGCAAACACGCAGUACUCUAA